GACAUUUAACACCGGGAUAAGAUGACAGCCAUCAGAAUGAUUUCAUCAAUGCUGUUGCUGGUGCUGAUGCAGUCCGGAGUUCUUUGCGCACGGAGGUUCCGGGGUGGCCGCAACCCACAACCACGCCGCUCGCCACCUCCUCCCACAUACCGGGCGGACCGGGGGGACACCACGGAGAGCUUCCCUCUGGAUUUCACCGCCGUGGAGGAGAACAUGGAUAACUUCAUGACACAGGUGAAGAACCUUGCGCAGUCCCUCUACCCGUGUUCGGCGCAGAAGCUCGACUAUGACAUGAAGCUCAACUUUUUGGAGAAUACAUCAGUCACCUGCAACGAUGGGAGUCCUGCGGGUUACUACCUGAAAGAGUCUCGAGGCAGCAGACGGUGGUUGAUAUUCCUAGAGGGUGGCUGGUACUGCUUCAACAAGGAGAACUGUGACAGCCGAUACGAGACCAUGAGGAGAUUGAUGAGCUCAUCCACGUGGCCCCAAACUAAAACAGGCACAGGGAUCCUGUCUCCGCUGCCCGAGGAAAACCCUCACUGGUGGAACGCCAACAUGGUGUUCAUCCCGUACUGCUCCAGUGAUGUGUGGAGUGGCGCUACAGCCAAAACAGAGCAGAGUGGCUAUGCCUUCAUGGGCUCACUGAUCAUACAGGAGGUUGUGAAGGACCUGCUGAACAAAGGCCUGGACAACGCCAAAGUUCUCCUAUUAGCAGGAAGCAGUGCUGGUGGUACUGGGGUCCUUCUGAACGUGGACCAUGUGGCGGAGCUGCUGGAGGGACUGGGGCAUACUGGGAUACAAGUGCGAGGCCUGUCUGAUUCUGGUUGGUUCCUGGACAACAAGCAGUACAGCUGCACGGACUGCACGGAGUGCUUGGACGCCAUCACCUGCGCCCCCACUGAGACCAUCAAGAGAGGCAUCAAGUACUGGGGAGGAGUGGUUCCAGAGAGGUGCAGGCAAACCCAUGAAGGAGAGGAGUGGAACUGUUUCUUUGGAUAUAGAGUCUUCCCAUCGAUAAAAAGCCCAGUUUUUGUUGUCCAGUGGCUGUUUGACGAGGCCCAGUUGGCAGUAGACAACAUCCAGCUAACAGGCCAGCCUGUGCAGGAGGGCCAGUGGCGCUACAUUCAAAAUCUGGGCAUUGAGCUGAGGAACACACUCAAAGAUGUCCCAGCUAUGUUUGCUCCAGCCUGCCUUUCACAUGAAGUUAUCACCAGAAAUUACUGGAUUGACAUUCAGGUUAAAGGCACCUCUUUGCCACGAGCUCUGCACUGCUGGGACCGCAGCCUGAACGACAACAGGAACAACAAAGCUCCACCCAAGGGCUGCCCCGUUCAUCUGAUCGACAGCUGCCCGUGGCCGCACUGCAACCCCACCUGCCCCACCAUCCGAGACCAGUUCACAGGACAAGAGAUGAACGUCAUUCAGUUCCUCAUGCACAUGGGCUUCGAUGUGCAGAAGAUGGCUCAGCAGCAGGGCAUGGACCCCAGCAAGCUACUGGGCAUGCUAAGCAGCGGCAGCUAAACGA